AGCAGUCAGUCCUCCGAAUGCAGAAAUUCAGCACCGAUGGUAUUAGGACUUGGGGGGUGGUAGGUUCAGUGUUUAGGAUGCCAAGGGGCUGUCUUUUUGUUCGGGGUUCAGCGUAUAGAGAGGUUAGUUUUAGGAUUCAGGCUGAGCAUAUGAAGGGUUUUUGCUAGGACUGGGGGCUCAUCAAAUGCAGAUCAGUGUUAGUUCAAUACUUGGGGUUCCGCUUAGGAUUGAAGUUAAAUAUCUGGGGCUCAAGGUUUGCGGUUCAGUAUUCAGGGUUCACUAUUGGGAUUCAGGGCUUAACCUUUAGAAUGAGGAUGCAACAAUUUGAGAAUCAGUGGGUUUGAGCUUUCAGCUUUUUGAGGGUUGAGGUCUAAGAAGGGGGUCUCUGCUGAGUUCUGAGUUUGCAGAAUUUGUUCAUGAGCAGAGGGAAGCCUGUUAGAGAUCCAACUGUGAAGUGCGAAUUUGAGAAUUUGGGAAGAAUCACUGUGAGGUUUGAAGGCCAACUGGAAUCUGGGUUGGGAUUUGAGACGUGUGGGAUUUGUUAGGUGUUGUGUCCAGGGAAGUACUACUAUAUUGAACUUUGGUUUUACAUCUUGGGAGAGGGCUAAGUGUUGAUAUUUGGGACUUUAGGUUUGCUGGAGUAUGAGAUCUGAGCCCAAUUUCUCUGUUGGGAUUUGAGGUUUAAGUAGCAAUCACCAUCAUGCUCAAAGCCGUGAUCUUGAUUGGAGGCCCUCAAAAGGGCACUCGCUUCAGGCCUUUGUCUUUUGAGGUGCCCAAACCACUGUUUCCUGUGGCAGGGGUCCCUAUGAUCCAGCACCAUAUCGAGUCCUGUGCCCAGGUCCCUGGGAUGCAGGAGAUUCUGCUCAUUGGCUUUUACCAACCUGAUGAGUCCCUUACCCAGUUCCUAGAGGCUGCCCAGCAGGAGUUUAACCUUCCAGUCAGGUACCUGCAGGAAUUUGCACCCCUGGGCACAGGAGGUGGUCUCUACCAUUUCCGGGACCAGAUUCUGGCUGGGAGCCCCGAGGCGUUCUUUGUGCUCAACGCUGACGUCUGCUCUGACUUCCCCUUGAAUGCUAUGUUGGAUGCCCACAGAUGCCAGCCUCACCCUUUUUUACUCCUUGGCACAACGGCUAACAGGACACAAUCCCUCAACUAUGGCUGCAUUGUUGAGAAUCCAGAAACGCAUGAGGUCCUGCACUAUGUGGAGAAACCCAGCACAUUUAUUAGUGACAUCAUCAACUGCGGCAUCUAUCUCUUUUCCCCGGAAGCCCUGAAGCCUCUUCGGGAUGUGUUCCAGCGAAAUCAGCAAGAUAGGCAACUCUGCCUUGCUCUGGGGGAGGACUCUCCAGGCUUGUGGCCGGGGGCAGGUACCAUCCGCCUGGAGCAGGAUGUGUUCUCAGCCCUGGCAGGGCAGGGCCAGAUCUAUGUGCACCUCACCGAUGGUAUCUGGAGCCAGAUCAAGUCUGCAGGCUCAGCCCUCUAUGCCUCCCGCCUCUAUCUGAGCCGAUACCAGUUCACUCACCCAGAAAGGCUGGCCAAACACACUCCAGGGGGUCCACGAAUCCGAGGAAACGUUUACAUCCACCCGACGGCUAAGGUGGCCCCAUCAGCUGUGCUGGGCCCCAAUGUCUCCAUCGGAAAGGGGGUGACCGUGGGCGAGGGUGUGAGGCUCCGAGAGAGCAUUGUCCUCCACGGAGCCACAUUGCAGGAGCAUACGUGUGUCCUGCACAGCAUCGUGGGAUGGGGGAGCACUGUAGGACGCUGGGCCCGCGUGGAGGGUACCCCCAAUGACCCCAACCCCAAUGACCCCCGAGCCCGCAUGGACAGUGAGAGCCUCUUCAAGGAUGGGAAGCUGCUGCCUGCCAUCACCAUCCUGGGCUGCCGUGUCCGGAUCCCUGCCGAGGUGCUCAUCCUGAACUCGAUUGUUCUGCCACAUAAGGAGCUGAGCCGCAGCUUCACCAACCAGAUCAUCCUCUGAGGGGGCUGCCAGAAGGCCCCCCAAUGCCUAUCUGCUUCCCUUGAGGCUGCUGCCUGCUUGGCCAGCCUCUGUCCAGAAAGUACCAGAGGAAGCCAGGCAGGAUCUUCACCCACCGGGAACAAUGUGGGUGGCUGGGGGGACUCCUGGCCUCACUCCCCACUCCCUAAUAAACCCUGUGAACCUUAGAGCCA